AGUCCCUUUCUCUCCAGGUCGACGGUGAUGGACCCGUAGGAGGGCAUGGCAAGGCUCAUAAUGCGUAGUGCUGGGGGCAAUUACGCUUCCCUUGCCACCAAUACCUCCGGUGUUGCCCACAGCAGGAGCCACAUGAGUCGUUUUCAGGCGACGGCCCUCGUUGUGGUCGGUCUGGCCUUGUUAGGUUAUUUCUUUCUAGCGGAUCAGAUCUACCUGUGGGUGGUCACGAACGAGAUUGGGGUCAUGCUGCAUCCGGCUUCCCGCGGCUACUGCGCCUACCCAGCCCUUUGGAUGCCUUUCGAGGAAGCACUUGCUCUCACGCCUUCAUCCUCCCGUGCGCCUGGUUUUCCCCCCUCCACCUUUCUCUCCCCGGAUCAUACAUCGAACAUCGCAUCCCAUGAUGGACCUUCUCAGGGCGCCUCGCGCGUCACCCUUGUCGCCGUCAUGGGACGUCGGCCCAGGUCCGAGGCGGGAGAAAGCGCCACCCCGGCCUUCAAGCGUCUGAGUGACCGGCUCAUGGCCCUCUCUCUGGAACAACAACAGGCCUACGCCCGCUUUUGGGGCUACGACCACCUUUUGUGGGAGGGGGAGGAGGGAGACCAUGCCGCCCGAUUGGAAGGGCGUCCGGUGGCCUGGGGCAAGCUGUUGGCUCUCCGGGAGGCGCUGGCGACGCACGAGUACGCACUCUACAUGGACCUGGACGUGGCCCUAGUCCAGCCUCUGCUCAGCCUGGAGGGGUUCAUCGCCCGCCUGGAAAGCCAAGGAAAGGACGUGCUGGUGGCGGAGGAUCGGCACGGGGUGAACACGGGGGUGAUGCUGAUCCGGCGGAGCGAGUGGAGCCUCUGGUUCUUGGAGGAGCUCUGGAGGGUGGGCGCGUCCCUGGUCGACUGCGACUGCCUCUUCUACUACGAGCAGCGGGCCGUUCACCACGCCUUGCAGACCCCACAGUGGCGGGAGGGCUACAAAUGGUGGACGCGCCACAUCCCCGUGGUUGGCUGGUUCCGAAACUCCCUCCGCGGCCACCCCCCUGGCCCCACCCUGGAAGAGUUGCCCCUGCGCUGGCCGAACCAGUCGGUGGUGGCCUCGGACACGGAGCUCUGGAGGCACGUGGAGGUAGCCCCACAAUGCGCAUGGAACGCGGUGGACGCCUACGCGGAGGCGGAGUUUGUCGUACAUUUUGCCGGGCAGAAAGGGACGAGGAAGGAGAAGUUGAUGGAGCACUACGGGCGAGUGGCGGAGGCCCGCAUGGAAAAGGUUGCCAAACCCUUGAGAGCGCGGUGGGAACGCCAGGGGGGGAAGAGAGAGGGGGUAAAGGCG